CUUGUGUCAGUGUCAGUCAUUGCAUGCGCAACGCGGCUGCGUAGCAGUGCAUGUUUUCUCAGAGCAACAUGGAGACCGAGGACUUGGGCCCUUUGUCUCUCAGCCUUACCGAAGCUACUUGCAGUCAGGAUGAAAAAUGCUUUUUGUUUUGCGAAGAGGGCGAGAAUGAGAACAAUUUGGGAGGCCUUAGUGAUCUGUCAGAUUUGCCGGUUGAGAGGACUGAGGGGCGACCCACGUGUUCACGGUGCAGCCGUCCACAGAAGGUUUGCCUGUGCCCUUUCCUUCCAGUCCAUCCUUUAGAUGUCUCCACGUGCUUGUAUAUAGUUCAGCAUCCAGCUGAGGAGAGUCGAGUAUUACGGACUGUUCCUCUUCUGGCUGCCUGUCUUCCUCCAGGGAACUGCAAGGUUUUAGUUGGAAGACGUUUUAGUGAGGACAGAUAUCCUGAACUGGCCUCUGUGUGUAAAAGCCCUGGUACUCUGAUUCUUUAUCCCGGAUCUGAUGCAGAGAACCUUGAAGAACUGGACUUCAACUCCUCAGCUGCACCUUACAACAUCAUUAUUAUAGACGGUACAUGGAGCCAGGCCAAGGAUAUGUUCCUUAGGAACCCGCUCUUCCACCUUCCAAAGCAGGUGCAAUUGAAAACUUCACUGUCAAGUCAGUAUGUAAUCCGGACUCAACCAACCAAUACCUGUCUCUCUACACUGGAAUGUGCUGCUAUUGCUCUUUCAAUCAUGGAAAAGAAUGAUUCAAUACAAGAGGUUAUACUGCGUCCUCUCAAGGCUCUGUGCUCAUUUCAGCUGCAACAUGGUGCUCAGGUCCAUCACAGCAAGGAACACCUCCUUAAAAAUGGAAUAUAUGACAAACCCAUGCCAAAGAAUAAACGCAAACUGAAAAGAAUGGAACUACUAAUGAACAAUAAAAAAAUGUAGGUAGAUUUUGUAUUUUUUUAUUUUACCUUUUCAACUGGGAAUAAAUAAGUGAUAAAGCCCAGAAAUGAGAGAAUUAACAGGGAUUACUGACCAGUUAGGUAAUUACAAUCUAUUAUGUAAUUCAUAGUGGUUUUAUGUUGGUGAAGAAGAAUGCAUUUGUUUGGCAACAUUUUUAUAAGGUCUUAUGUAGAUUGCUAGAUUAUGGAGAACUUGAAAUCAGUUUUUUUUUUUUUUUUAAGUCCAUUAAUAUUUAUUACAAAUUGUUCUCACAUCUUGUUCUUGUUUGGUUAUUUAAACAUGUCUAAAGUAAAUCAGGAACACUGGAUUUAGUGCUUAUUAACCCUUAACUGCUGGGGUGAAAAGACACAUUUAACAAAAAAUAAUGAUGCGGCACGUCAUUCAUGCCAAUGCAUCACAGAGAUUAAAUUGCCAUGAAACCUAGUUUCUUGAUCCUCUGGUGUUGUCUUAAAGCUAGUUUAACCCAAAGCCAGGUCUGAGGCUUUUGUCAAAUAUACAGUGUGACACAUAAAGAAUGGAGAAACCCCAACAUAUAUACAUACACAUAUUUCCUCAUCUACAGAAGUUACAAUGAAAUACAAGUUAAAGAAAACACAAAGUGUAUUUAACUCUUUUGAUCCACCUCAGAAAUCAAUGGUUAACAUGAUACAUAAAUAUCUAAUGAUAUGCUGUCUAAACUACAACAAAUGACAUGAACAUCACUCAAGAUUUUCAUAUGGAUUAUUACAUGCACCUGAAAUGCAUAUGCUUCAUUAAGCAGGGGUAACUAAAGGAGGUCCUGCAUGACUGGACUAAGAGUAGUUAUCAGUGAGUACUUGUUUUUAAAAUGUUUGGGAUUUGCUUUCAGCAAAACACUACAAGUUAAAAAUAAAUGUACAAUGUAUCGCAGUAUACUCUGGUGGAUUUCUUGCUCAGGGUACUUUAUAAACUGUUUCUGUAUUACUUGAAACUCUUCUGCAUAUUAUCCACACGUGCAACGUUGUUGGAGGGCAGUGUAUGUGUGUAUAUUAAAUAUGUAAUAUGUAUAAUAAAAUUAAUAAUAAACUUACAUUUUAAGCAGUAUACAAUAAUUUAGUGUGAAAUUAUAUAACAGGAAAGCACACAGUCACCCCAGUAUUGUACAUCUUAGAUAAACUAAAUAUUUACCAUGCAUAUUUUUGGUAACACUUUGUCAUUCUUAGAAUUUAGUUUCACCUUAACAAUUAGGGGUUUAUUAAACUAAGUCCUGCCGUGAACUUAAACAUAUAUUUGGGUUAACGCUAGAACGACCGCGUUUAUAGGCAUUCCUAGAACAACCAUGACCGGUUAAUUUGACCGGUGUAUUAACCCUUUGCGGUCCAUUUAUUUCAGCACGUCUCAGGUGCGUCAGGUCCAAUUUAUUUUCACAAGCGCAGUUUAUUUUAGACGCAUUGUUUAAAAGUAUUUUUUUUCACAGUAAAACAGGUUUAAAAGGCACUGCAUAUCAACUGCAUCUCCAGCCCCGCCCCACCACUUGUUUGCUAUAUUUUUCACAUACCUCUUAAUAAUAGUACAUACCGAUAAAUCAUCUCCUGAUCACUCGUUUUAUCACCAAACUCCUCAAUAAUGCGAUCCAAGUCAUUAUUUUAUUACUAUAACAUCUAAAAAAAGCUCUGCAAAUGUCUGUGAUAUUCUUUGAGCGCUGGAUGCAGAAGCAGCUAUCUUGUUUGUUUAUGUCCGUGUUAUCUAUGUGGUGUCGGGGGUAUCUGUAUUCAUGAGAUACGCCCCUUUUUUUCGGCUUCUCUCGGCUCCUAUCGGUCUCACUCGGCCAUUGAAUGAUUUUCUCGGCUCUUUCUGGAGAAAAAACGACUAGAGAUCUGUUUUUUAUGUAUUAUUGAUGAUGUCGGACAGGGUCCAACAUUGGACCGGAAAGUGAAAAUUGCAAUGUCGGACCAGGUCUGACAUAGGACUGCAAAGGGUUAAAAACAACAUAAAUAUUAUAAUGAAAGGACAAACAAUUGAAUAUAAGUCGUAGUUUUAUUCAGGAAUGUGAAUGUAUUUAUAUACAGACAUAUUACAUAAAGCGCAACCUCAAAAAACUGUAAAUAUUUGAAAAUAAAUUUCUGUAUAUACAGGUAUAUCAUGGACAUACAAAACUGUACAACUGAAACGAUGUAAAUAAGUGUUAAAAAACAAAGCGUAUAUACGCAACCAAAGCUGUGUGUUUAUAUACAGACAUACUAUAAUCGAAAUGACAUGAAUAAAUAAACAUUUGAACAGAUUGGGCAUCAUUUACAAUCGUUUACAAAGUCUAAGUGCUGGCACAAAUCACACAGAUCCUGAACUUUUCAACAUAUGCAGUGCACUUACUGCAGACUGUCUUUUCGCAUUUGGCACAGAUAUCAACAGUAACCCAGGCUUCUGGCACCAAAUGCACCACAGGCAUAUACUAGUGCAAGGAAAGCUUCUAAUUCCUCCAAGGGCAUUGACCAGGGAUCAUCUUGUAGUUGUCGGCGAGCUUCAGGAUUGCCUCUUCUCCCACUGGAUAUCCUGCGCCCUCUUCACACACUCGAUCCUGGCACUUUGCUGGCAUCCUCCUCACUAUCACUGCUGCUGGAAGAUUCAUCUUCACAAACCCAGUCUGCUCUUCACAAGACCCAGAUUCGUCAUUGUCCGUCUCUGCUGCAUCAGAAUCAUUGUUUGGUAACAUUUUGCAGUAAUUCCAAACACUGCUUUGCUGUCCUGCAUCUUCUGCAAUCCAUUUUCAAUGUAUAUUGGGAUAAAAAUGAAUUUCUUAGAAAAUCGAGCGACUUGUACAGUAACCAGAGUGCAAACAGACAGCCGGGCGCUGUCAGCUGUCAAGGCUGAUUGAUGGGCUAUCAGGAGGCUCAUUGAAACAACAGAAAUAUCAAAAGACCGCUCACUUGAGGAAUGCAGACAUGAUAUAAUCAAACUUCAAUACAUGGCGACAAGUCCCGAAUGAUAAAUACAAACAAUAACGCAACAUUUAAUUGUUAUAAUAUGUUUUACAUGUAUCGGUCAAUUUGACUGCUCCUGGUCGGAAUAGGUAUGACAGUAUUUUAUCUUGUUAAUUUUUGCAGCUACGGGAUUCUUUCUUUGUCAGGUAAUUAGUACAUAUAUUUAUGAAAAGUCAGGUAAGAACAGCUCCGUAUCUUAAACACACGCAGUUUAAGUUUAAAUUCCAAAAACCGAAGCAUAAUAUAUAUGAACAUUUAUUUUACAAAAGCAACUGAGCAAAUUAAACUUAUAACAAAACUUUUUACAGAAGCGCAGCAGCACAACAAGUUAUAAAAAAGUCAAAUUUAUUUUUCUGCUUUUAUAGACAAAAGGGUAUUCCUUUACCUUGAGUCUAAGGCUGUUCACAAUCAACACAGAUAAUGCGCUUCUCCACACGUGCAGUGUACUUUCCACACACCGCCUUUCUGCACAGGGCACAGCUGUACGAAGUUUUAUUUUUAUUGCACUUGCCAACCUGGCAUUGGCGUCUCUUGCGGCUGUCAGCGGGGUUGCCAGCUUCAGUUGUGGGUACACGCUUGGCAGUCUCCCUCUGUUCCAAAUACUUAUUGCGAAGUUCCUGUGCUAACUGUAAAAUAUAUUCUCUCCUUGGUAAAUUCUUCUCCGUGCAUUCUUUAUAAAGUUCCCAGGAGUUGAUGGCUGCUAGGUCCAAUACAUUGUUAAACACCUGAACAGACCACCGGCGGGAGCCAGCUUUCACAGAAUACUUUCACGCCAUCUGAUCCAAAACAUCAACUCCAUAUUUUGUUGCGUUGUAAAACUCCACGUUCUCUGUUUUUUUUUUUU